AUGGCGGCUGCGGAGGCCAACUUUGCUGGGGCUGGGCCUAAUGCGGACGAGGUGGCGAAGCUGCGGGCGGACGUGGCCCGCCUGACGUCCGCCAUGGAGACUCUCCAGAAGGAGAAUGACAAGCUCCGCGCAGACCUGGCCAGUCUACAUGAGCCUGCCCCUCGCGCGGCGCCCCAGACGCAGCGCCCAAGCCAGCCCGUGCCGGUGGAGAACCAGGUUCUGAACCAGGUCCGGCAGGAACUGGCUGCCUUCCAGCACCGGUUCUCCGUGCUGGAGGGCAUCGUCCUGCGCCCCCCCCCCCCUAGGGGCAAACAAGACGGCGGCGAGGCCGGCAACGGCUUCUUACGCGACGGCCACGGCUGCCGCAUCCAGGCCGGGGCCGUCCAGCCAGCCCUCGGGUGGGGCUGCAGUUGCCCCUCCCCCCCUGAAAAGCCGGCUCCGGCAAAACCGAUACCGGCUGAACCGGCUCCGGCUAAGCCGGUGACGGGAAAGAGAGGCAAGGCGAAGGCGAAAAAGGGCAACGCGGCAGCACAGGUGAUGGCUGCGCCAGCCCCAGUGCCUGCGGCGAAUGGGCCAGCGCCAGCGGCAAGCCAGCUGCCGCUGCCGCCGCCGCCACCGCCCCCCAAGCUCCCUACACCUCCCGAGGCAGAAGCCGGUUGGCAGGUGGUCGGGGACAAACAGAAGGGGAAGAAGGCAGCCAAAAAGACCAAAGAGCAGGAGCGGCAGCGCCAGUUCAGGACGCGCAAGAUCGCGGCUAGGCUCCGCGCCCCGAAGACCGCAGCUGUAGUGAUUACACUACAGCCGGACGCGGAAAAGAAGGGCAUUACCUACCGCGAUCUGCUCGCGAAGGCGAAAGAGGCGGUAGAUCUCGGGGAGCUCGGGAUCACUGGGGGCCUCCGGCUUAAAGUCACCCAGACGGGGGCCCGUAUGCUGGAGAUCCCCGGGGAAUCCAGUGGCGCGACUGCGGACGCUCUGGCUGCGAAGCUCAGAGCGUCCCUGAACGCGGACGAGGCCCGAGUGUCCAGGCCCGUCAGAUGCGCAGACCUGCGCAUCAUGGGUCUGGACGACUCGGUAUCGGAGGAGGAGUUGGUGGCCGCCGUCGCCAGGUCCGGGGGGUGCACUACUGACCAGGUCAGGUCAGGCGCCAUACGCCCGGAUCAACAGGGUAUGCAUUCCGCCACGGUGUGCUGCCCUGUUACGGCGGCCAAAACCAUAGUGGAGGGCCGAAGGCUUCUGGUGGGCUGGGUCUCAGCGCAGGUUAAGCUGCUGGAGCCCAGACCUCUGAGGUGCUACCGCUGUCUCGUGGGGCAUCACGUAUCAGUGAAAUGCGCCUCGGAGGUUGACCGCAGUGGCCUUUGCUUCCGCUGCUGUCAGCCCGGACACAUAUCGGCGACCUGCUGCGCCACGCCGCACUGUGAUGCAUGUGCGGCGACCGACAAGCUAGCCGAUCACUGGGCCGGAAGCAGGGCCUGCGUGUCACCCGCCAAGGCCAAGGCCGCGGGUAGGGGAGGGCCCUCCUCCGCCGCCACCGCCUCUAUGGCCACCGCCGCAGCUGCAACUGCCGCCGCCGCCGCUGUCACUGUCGCCGCCGCCGCCGCCGCGACACCGACGCCUGCAGAGGGGCGCCCCGUGGAGGAAGCUGAAAUGGAAUGCCUAUAA